AUGGAAACAACGGGUGAAGAAACAGCUGACAAUCCAGAGCCUAAAAAAUGUGAGACAGAUUCUUCAGUCCAAUCUUCAUCUAUCUCAGAGAAAAAUUCAUGCAAAAGGAAUAAAAGACAGAGAUAUGGAGUCCCCAGCAGUGAUUCCCUUUCCAGUUCUGAUGAUGAUGAUGAUGAGGAGGAUUUUGAAAUACCGAACAAGAAGAGAAAUAUAAGGAGCUUUCAGAAGUUUGCCUCAACGGGGGUUGACAAGGAUACCGUGAAAAUUGAAGGAAGUCUGGCUGGUGUGGAGCACAUGCAAAUAGAUGGUUCAGUACAAUUUGAUGCCGUGGGUGGUCUUUCUGACCACAUUUCAUCUUUAAAAGAGAUGGUCAUUUUUCCAUUGCUUUAUCCUGAAAUCUUUGAGAGAUUGAAAAUUGAACCUCCAAGAGGCUGUCUAUUCUAUGGCCCUCCAGGGACGGGAAAGACACUGCUUGCUCGUGCACUUGCUAAUGAAUGCAGUCAAGGUAACACGAGAGUAACCUUUUUUAUGAAAAAAGGUGCUGAGUGCCUGAGUAAAUGGAUAGGAGAAUCUGAACGACAGCUUCGUUUAUUAUUUGAGCAGGCCUACAAGAUGCGACCUUCAAUUAUUUUCUUUGAUGAGAUUGAUGCUUUGGCUCCCGUACGGUCCGAUAAACAAGACCAAAUUCAUAGCUCUGUUGUGGGGACACUUCUGGCACUUAUGGAUGGCUUAGCCAGCAGAGGAGAGGUUGUGGUAAUAGGAGCCACCAACAGACUGGAUUCUAUAGAUCCUGCUUUACGAAGACCUGGGCGCUUUGAACGAGAAUUCCGCUUCAGUUUGCCAAACAAAGAGGCAAGAAAAGAAAUUUUCAAAAUUCACACACGUGACUGGAACCCAAAGCCGUCAGACAACUUACUUGAAGUGCUGGCUGAAGAAUGUGUUGGAUACUGUGGUGCUGAUAUUAAAGCCUUAUGUGCUGAAACUGGUCUCUGUGCUUUGCGGCAUCGCUAUCCUCAGCUAUAUCAAAGCAGAGAGAGACUGCAGAUAAACAUGGAUUCAGUUAAAAUAAAAGCAAAUUAUUUUUCCAUUGCUAUGAUGAAGACUGUUCCAGCUUCACAGAGGGUCGUGCCUUCUCCUGGGAGAGCACUAUCAGCUAUUUCAAAGCCACUGUUAGAAAACACACUGGAAAGGAUUUUACAAACCUUGCAGAGAGUAUUUCCCCAUGCAGAGCUUGCACUAAAGAGAGACCACCAUCAAGGAAAUUAUGUGGUUGACAGUGAUGAGGAGUCACCAUCAAUCUCUGAAGAGAAGCCGAGUCAUGAAACACCUGAUUGCAAAAAGGCAGAAUUCCGCAAUUUCAGCAGAAAUCCUCGUGACCAUCCAACAUCUUACAGGCCACGGUUCUUACUAAUUGAAGAGCCAGGAUCUGGGCAAGCUUCUGAUUUGGCAGCUGCAGUAAUACAUUCUCUGGAAAAGUUUCCAAUUUAUACACUAGAUACACCAACUUUGUUUGCUAGCACAUCACCAGAUGAAACAUGUGUACAGUUGAUGCGAGAAGCUCAAAGAUCAGCACCGAGUAUCCUAUAUGUCCCACAAAUUCCCUCAUGGUGGGACACUGUUGGACCUACACUGAGAUCUGUUUUUAUAGCACUACUGCAGAGCAUCCCAAGGUUUACUCCAGUUUUACUCCUUGCAACAUCUAAUGUACAACUGAGAGAUCUCCCAGAAGAGAUAAAAACAUUGUUUAAUAAUGAAUAUGAAGAAGUUUUCAGAAUCCCGCGUCCUACCUGUGUUGAGAGAAGACAUUUUUUUGAGGACUUAGUUAUGAAGCAAGCUGCUCAACCUCCUGCAUUAAAAAACAAGACAACUUGCCGGCCUUUGGAAGUCCUGCCUGUAGCACCAUCACCACCACCUCGAAAACUGACAGAAGAAGAAAUAAGACAGAUAGAAGAGCAGGAAGAGGAUACAUUGUGUGAACUUAGGAUUUAUUUAAGAGAUGUGGCUGAAAGACUUGUCAUUGACAAACGUUUCAAAGCAUUUACAAAGCCCAUUGACUCAGAGGAGGCACCCAGUUACAAGGCUGCUAUUAAACGUCCGAUGGACCUCUCGACAGUUCUCUCUAAGAUAGACAUGCACCAGUACUUAACUGCAAGAGAUUUUCUAAAGGACAUCGAUCUAAUCCGUAGCAAUGCUUUAAAGUACAAACCAAACAGAGGGCCUGCAGAUCACCUGAGGCACAAAGCUUGUAUUUUGAGUGAUACUGCAUAUUCCAUAGUGAGGCAUGAAAUGGAUGAAGGUUUUGAGCAACGCUGCCAAAGAAUUAAAGAAUCUCGUAAGGAAAGAGAUAAGUUGAAAAGAAAAUGGAAAAUGAAGGAAGACUCUUCAAGUAUCGCAGUAAAGAGGGCGAAUGUUCAGUUUGCAUCCUCCCAGGACAGUCCUAUGGAAGGACAUGAAAAUGUACUUCAAGGACAACAGAAUGGGACAGAAAAUGAAAGCGAGAGAGAGACCCUUGUGGCUAAAUCCCCUGCUGAAGAAAAAAGUGUCGUGCUUCCUGAAUGUUCAGACUUAAGAGAGGAGAGUGAAAUGCCGGAUUGCCAAAUAUCCAAAACUUCUGAAGAUGCAGGUUUGAAUGUUCCAGAUUCACAAGUACAUCAUACAACUUAUGUGGGACAUUCUCAGGUGGAUGAGCAACCACGAGUAUGUGACGGGAAAGAAAAGAAUAUUCACGCACGGGAGGUGUUUGUGAAUUACUCUGAGCUCAGACAAGUGCUGGAUUUGGUCAUUGUUGCAACUGAGAAUGUCAGUAUAUCUCGCAUGGAAAGACUAUAUGCUCUUCUUAGCCAGUGCAUUUACCGACAUCGGGAAGAUGACGACAAAACUGAAUUAGUGAAGGCAAUGAAGAAAGAAAUUUCAACAUUAAGUUAUCUGUGA